AUGGCGACUCCCAGUCGGACCAAGACCACCGCCCAGAGCAGUGCACUUCUCCUUGAGAAGCUGUCGGCCGUUCUGCCCAAGGGCUACCGCUUUGGCGUCUACCACCUCUCAACUCCCCCGACCAAGACAGACGCCCUCUAUUCAGCUCCUCCCGAGGAACGAGAAGACAAAACCUUUUGCGAGAAACAUUUCCUUGCAAUCUCCAUCGAUAUCCCCUCGAGUACCGCCGACGCCGCGCCAGAAGCCAAGGAGGCUGCCUCGAAACAAGUUCUUGUCCUCGCACUGGAGGUCUUUAUCUACACGACAGCAUACUCCAGCACUUUCUUCGUCGCCAAGGCCGAUUCGACUGGGUACUUGAAGCUUCUCAACCUUCCCAAGGGCACCUCAUCGCCCAUCAAGGAAAUCAGUAGUGCCUUUGUCUCGUACCUUGUCGAGCAGCGCAGGCGCAAGGAUAUCCAGUCGGUGGUCAGCCUCUUCGCUCGUGCUCAAGACCAGUACCUCUUCCCUGGCUCCGUCGAAUACAGUGGCAAGCACGUUCUCGACGAUAGGGGACUGGUAAAAUGGUGGUGCAAAGUCCUGAACCCUUUGUUGGAGAACCCUCCCGUGGGGAAGGGGGCUGCAUGGGGUAAUGUGAAAGGCUACCUCGUCAUCCCUGGACUCGACAACUACGAAACGAAGGCUUUUCUGCCCAAGACUCCGAAGAGCGCAACAAACUGGGUCCUGGGACAUGCGCUCGAGAAAAUCUCGCAUUACACCAAGGAAUACGACUGGGUGCCCGCACGAUGCCUCAUCCCUCGAUUCCCUGACGAUCCGAAAUCGCGAUUCCGAGACGAACUGGACGAAGAGGCGGGUAAAUCAAAGCAAAUCAAGACCACUGGGCAUUGGAAGAGCGUGAAAAGCCUGGAUACGUUCUGGGAAAUGAUGGCUUACAGACAAGAAUGCUCAAGUGGACGGCUCACGGGCUUCAUUUGGGUCGUCUUCGAUACAGAAGCUGAGCGAGUGCAAAAUCAAGGCGCCUCAGCAACUCUUCCAACGCCGAAUCCUUCUUUCGAUACAUCAAACCCGCCGGUGACGCCUAGCAAGCAGAAGGCCGUACGACCAAUUACACCCAUGUCCACUCCUCGGAAGCUGUUCCCUGUGUCACCUUCUGAAACACCAACAAAGACGAAGACGAAGCCUGAGAAGCCCGAGAGCAAGAACAAGAAGAAUAAGAACAAGGCAAAGUUGACGGGAGUCGUCAAACCAAGGCAGCCACGCAUCAAGACUCAACAGCGCAACUACCUGCUGGACAAGCCAAUCUCAACUGCCUACUACUAUUGGCCUGCCGAAGGUAGGGGCCGCAGGAUUGUCGACGAGAACGACUACAAGCGAGUCAAUGAGCUUCUUCUACGCUUGGACUUUGCAAAACUGGAGAUUGCAGCUAGCGGCACGCGGCGAUGGAUUAGCGAGGUCGGUAUGGGAGACAAUUGGGGUAUGGAGGUUGUAGGCAGGAAGGAGACUCCGGUGCCAGCAUCAAAUGGCUCUUCAGCGGAUGUCGUGAACGUCAUUUCAGGCCUUGUAAAGCGCAAGCGCCCCGAGGACUCCGCGACUCCUGGUUCGGAUGAGCCGGCAACCAAGGUUAAUAUCCUAAGUACGGGUCUUAUCCGAAAGAAGUCCAAAGACGAAUCUGCGACGGGGGACACUGCUAAGGCCGCAACAGCGAACGGUGGGGAAGCUCCGCAAGUCAACGUGCUUGGAGCCGGUCUCGUUCGCAAGAAGCGCGAUGCGUGA